UUCGCGCAUAAGUUUGAAUCAUGGCGUAGCGAGUACGAGGGUAGGAGAUGCUCUGAUUUCUACAAACCUACCAUGAAAGCCAGAGGAAGAACAACGGCAUUAAAUCUGAGGAGGAAAGGAUUGCGACAAGCUGAGGAAUCCACCAAGGAAACUCGUCAAAAUGGACAUGCGGAAUUUUAUUCAGGGAACGAUGAAGAAUGGACUUCACUACAUGACCAUAUACCCAUUCCAGUAUUCUCAUCUAGAACUGCAUCGUUCAUUAUAGCAAUCGUUUCCCUUGUUUGCUACUGGAAUACUUGCAGUGGAGACUUUGUGUUUGAUGAUUCUGAAGCUAUUAUAAACAACAAAGAUCUACGUCCGGAGAACUCAUUAUUGAACUUAUUUGUGCAUGAUUUCUGGGGAGGAACUCUCGCAGCUAAUGAGUCCCAUAAAAGUUAUCGUCCAUUAACUGUUCUUACAUUUCGAUUGAACUAUUGGCUUUCUGGAGGCCUGCAUCCUUGGGGUUUUCAUUUUGUCAAUGUUAUUCUACACGCUAUUGUAUCGAUUCUUUCCCUACGUGUAUUUGAUGAAGUGUUCGAGAAUUCAUCAUCAGCCGCUGGGGUGUCAAGAGAAAGCUUUCUAUCUGCAUUAAUAUUUGCGGUACACCCUAUACACACAGAGAGCGUUGCGGGUGUUGUCGGUCGUGCAGACCUCCUUUGUGCAUUUUGUUUCUUUGUCUCAUUYCUUGUAUUUAUCAAAUGCUGCAAGCUAUACCAUUGUGAUUCACAAUCUGCCCUUGGACACUUACUAAUAAGUUCAGUCUUGUGUGCACUUGCUAUGCUGUUCAAAGAACAAGGCAUUACUGUUCUUGGCCUGUGUUGUGCAUAUGACGUCAUUGUUGUGUGCAAACUAGAUUUUAUCCACUUAGUGAAAAGUAUAUUUUCAACCAAAAAGAAUGGUUCUUCAAAUGGGAACCAGGAUGAUAAGAUGUCUGUCCUUGUAGGACUAUUCUACAGACAGUCAGCUCUAGUGCUUGUUGGCAUAACACUAUURUUAGGUAGAUGGAAUAUCAUGGGAUCAACMACACCUCAUUUUCAAGUAUCUGACAAUCCUGCAUCGUUUGAGAAAUCUUUCCUAGCAAGAGUCGUUAAUUAUAACUACAUUUAUUCAAUCAACUUAUGGAUACUUGCCUGUCCGUACUGGCUCUGCUUUGAUUGGUCAAUGGGCUGCAUUCCUCUCAUUAAGAGUGUUACAGAUAUUAGAAUACUUGGUGUACUGYUGAUGUGGGGUGUGUUAGCUGGUCUCUUAGGAUACUGUCUCCUUGGUGCACCAUCUCGUUAUAGAAGAAUAUGUACAAUGGGAUUAGCGUUCAUUGUGGUACCUUUUCUGCCAGCAUCCAACGUGUUCUUCAGGGUUGGGUUUGUCGUAGCUGAGCGUGUACUGUAUUUGUCAAGUGUUGGUAGUUGUAUUUUGGUUGYUCUUGGAAUAAAAGCUUUAAGUACAAAAUCAUAUCUUAGAAAGUUUGUUUCAUGUGGGAUGUUCACGAUGAUAGUUUGUUUUGCCCUAUGGACCAUCAAAAGAAAUGGUCAAUGGCUUAGUGAAGACUCCUUGUUCUCUUCUGGUGAAGCUGUCUGUCCUCUGAAUGCAAAGGUUCAUUAUAAUAUUGGCAAAGUGCGCUCAAACCAGCAUAAAGAUGAAGAAGCGUUGCGUUACUAUMGACAGGCUGUCAGGCUCAAUCCUACAUAUCACGACGCUUUGAAUAAUUUAGGGAAUCUUUUAAAGGAAAAAGGAGAAAUCACAGAAGCAGAAGGACUGCUCGAACGAGCUGUUCAGUCAAGCCAAACGCUCAGUUCGUUACGCCAUCAAAGUCUAAGGAGGCCCGAUCACACGUUUGCUGCUGGUUGGAUGAAUCUUGGAACUGUCAAGGCCGCCAUGAACAAAAUGGAGGAGUCUGAACUGUGUUAUAAAAACGCUAUACGAUUCAGGAAAAAGUUUCCAGAUGCUUAUUUCAAUCUUGGUAAUUUGUACAUCGACUGGGGAAAAAAUGUAGAAGCUACAGCUGCUUUUAAAAAGGCUGUGAAUCUCAAAAAGACGCAUGUUGGUGCCUGGUUAAACCAUAUACUUUUACUGGACAAGUCAGACAAAAGAGAAGAAGGCAUUUUACUUGCCCGAGAAGCCUUGAAAUACAUCCCCAACGAAGCAUCUAUACAUUUUAACUUAGGGAAUAUGCUGGGACAGGAAAGCAAAUACGAGGAAGCAGAGAAACACUUCUUGAAAGCGAUUAAAAUCAACCCACGUGUUGCGGAAGUACAAGGAAAUUUAGGUGUUCUSUACCAUCGAUGGGGCAAAUUAGAAGAAGCCGGAAARCAGUACGAAAUAGCACUCGGCCUCGACCCUCGUGGAACUAACAUUAGAGAAAACAUUGACAAACUAGAACGGGCCAAAAAGAAAUUAAUAAUGCAAAGAUAGGAAUAUUUUAGAAUUAAGGAUUUUGGAAAUUAUUGUCAUUAUUUAUAUUUAAUACGCGAAGAAAACCUUUUAACUCAAGUGUGGGAAGACGAGAAGGGAGGUAUUAUAUAUUAAUGCAAAAACAACAAAUUAUCAUCUCUCCAAUCUUUUGAUGCUUUGAUAUUGAAUCAUGUCAAGUUGUGAGUUUCAAAGAAAGGAAAAAAUACACAAAACAUUUUCUAUUUACAACAGCACGGAAAAARAAGCAGAAAACUUUACAAUAUGAAUUUUAUUGGUUUGUUCUAGUCUGUUUUACUUUUCUUUUGUGUGUUUGUUUGUUUUUUUCUUGUCUGUAAAGAAUUCUACCAACAAGCAUUYAAAAUAAUAAGCUYAUUUAAAAAAAGGAUUGCUUUUCUUUUAUUUUACUUCACUGUCUUGGAGUAAAAGUAUCAGUAAAUGUCAAAACAAACGGAAUAUUUUACUCUUUACGAAUAAUUCAUUUAUUAAUAAUUUACUAGGUUUUUAACUACAUAAUAAUGUAUAUAUAUAUACCAUUUAAAAACUAUCAAGAGAAAUUCUCAAUAUGUACUGAAACUCUCCAUAUUUUAAGAUAAAAAGCCAAUAAAAACAAUCAAGUUUUGUKGUGUA